GUUAUAUGGUUCUUGCACAAUAUGCAGUCGACGAAGAAAAAGGACGACAUCCCAGUCAAACAAACUGCACUAAUAUAUAUUCAGUAGAUGAUCAGCUGUGUAGUUUAUGGAAAGAACUUGUACAAGAAGGAAAAAUUACACAGGAAGAAUUCAAGCAAACAACUUUUUCUUUUUACUUUCGAACUGUGGAACAAUUCAAGAAGCCUUUCAACGACCCCGAUUCUCCUGUGAGGCGGAAGAGUUUGGAAUUGGUUUCCAUUGCGACACAUUUCAUCCCAUGUGAAUACAAGGAGAGAUGGAUGAGAGACAAGGGAGACCCCAAAGAACAUGCCAAACGCUAUGUCGCCAGCAUUCGUACCUGGAGUAAUGCAACUUUGAUUUCAGGUCUAGCAGAUUCGCGGUCUGCUGAGAAGAAAUCCAGGAUCGUGGAUGAGCUUUAUCACCGCUACGAAUCAUUGGUAGCCAAGAACCCCGAGGAUCAUGGGGUGGAUUUUGUACAUGCCUACAUUGUAAUUCGCAAGAGACAAUAAAAACACGUUGUUUUUGAUGCAUUAUGUGUCAGUGAGUAUAUGUUUGUGUGAGUAAAAACUGCAUAUGAUUUAUAAUAAACGGACACUUUGAUCCAUUG